AUGAAUAUGGAUGAUUAGAAUCUAUUUGAGGGUGAAUGGAAUGGAUAAUCCUUAGAGUUUUUGGGUACAAUGUUGUAUAGUGAUAUACUAGCCUAAAAUAGCACGAAUAUGAUAGAUAUUAUUUCCACUAAAUGCCCUAACCAAAAAUAAUUGAUUGAGUCAAGCAAUACUAUUCAAGAGAACAAUAGAGAAAAAAAACAGGUUUUAUAGAUAAAAUAGAAAUUGGAGAAGAUAGAUUAUGAAAAAGAAAUAAAUUAUUUGAAAGGAUAAUUAGAUGACCUGAAAAAGAUAAAAGAUUUUAAAUACAUAGUUUUAACUUUCAAUAAAAAUAAUGAUGAAAUUUCAAUCCCAUUAUGCCAGAUUGAAUAUGUUGACAUUAUACACGGUUGGAUUUGCAAAUAUAUUUGGAAAUCUAUUAUAUACAAAUCAUAAGACAAUUUGGGGGAAUAUCGGAGGAGAUCUUUUUUAAGUAUUUAAAUUUUAUCUAAAAUGAAGUUAUAACUUAACUCAAUUUUUUAAGGCUUUCCUCAACUCCUAGAAACCAGAUUGCCGACACCUGAAAUCACCAAUUUAGGAACUCCAUUGCCUUUUUAUCAAUUUAUUGGGUAGAUCAAGGAAUUUACAAACUUACUUCUAUAGUGA